GAUGCAGUCUGUAUAUAAAGAUGAUCACAAACCUAUAGUGACCAUGUACACCUAAACAAACACACUAAACAAACACUUCUACACUAUUCCAUUCAACCUUCAAAAUGGUGAACACAGGAACACAUCUCCCUCUCAGCGGCAAGGUCGCCCUAGUGACCGGCGGCGGCCGAGGCAUCGGGGCCGGCAUUGCCCUCGAACUGGCCCGUCGCGGUGCCUCCGUGGCCAUCAACUACGGCCACAGCGCCAAGUCGGCUCAAGAGGUCGUCGAAGCCAUCCAGGCCAUCGGCAGCCAGGCGGUAGCCAUCAAGGCGGACCUGACCUGCGUGCCCAACAUCGAGUCGCUCAUCAAGCAGGUGGUCAGCCACUUUGGCCGGCUGGACAUUGUGGUCUCCAACUCCGGGAUGGAGAAGUUCAAGCCCCUGGAGGAGACCACCCUGGAAGACUUCAACGAGGUCUUCGAUCUCAACACCCGGGCGCAGAUGUUCGUCGCCCGCUACGCCUACGACCACAUCCAGCCGGGCGGGCGGGUGAUCCUCAUGUCCUCGAUUGCAGCGGGCCUGGGGGUGCCGGGCCACGCGCUGUACGCGGGCAGCAAGGCGGCCAUCGAGGGGUUCACUCGGUGCUUGGCGGCCGAUUUUGGGCGCAAGGGGUGCACGGUCAAUGCGAUAGCGCCGGCGGGGGUCAAGAGCGACAUGUGGCGGGAGAACGCAUGGCGGUAUGCUCCCGGGUGCGACAAGAGUUCGUCGCUGGAGGAGAUCGAGACGGCGCUGGCGAGCGGCAGUCCGUUGAAGCGGUGCGGUGUGCCCGAGGACAUUGGCAAGGUGGUUUCAUUCCUGGCGAGUCCGGAUGCGGAAUGGGUGAACGGUGAGUUUCUUUCUGGUUCUUUUCCUUCCUUUCUGCCCCGAUGCAAGGGUCAUGGUGGGGAUUGGAAUGCUGAUCAUUUUGCAAUCUGAACGAAUAGGCCAGAUCAUCCCUGUCAAUGGAGGGGCAAAUGUCUGAUUUAGACUGCUUGUACGGGGUAUGGUUGCAUUGAGUAAGAUUUGGAAUUGUAUCGCAGAGCUUUGUCGCAUAAUGAGUUUA